UUGCCUCUCUUCGCCCGUCGGAGCUGGAAAUGCAGGUGCUGAGAUCCGCGGUCGCUGCGGAGCAGGAGGCAGAGGCGGCCGAGGAGGUUCGAGCGAUGUGAAUAGGCCUUCGCCGCUCUCCUCCUCCCUCCUCCUCUUCCUCCUUUCCCUCCUCUCCCUCCGCCCCCUAAAGAAAAAUAACUUUUUUUUUUUAACAAAAAAAAAAGAAGAAAAAAAAAAGUCAGCGCCCGGGCCGGGACCGCGGAGUCCCCCUCCUCGCCCCGGCGCUGGCUGGCCGGCCCCCGCCCGCCGCCCCCAUGCAUCCCUUCUACAGCCGGGCCGCCACCAUGAUCCGCGAGAUCGCCGCCGCCGUGGCCUUCAUCUCCAAGUUCCUCCGCACCAAGGGGCUCACGAGCGAGCGGCAGCUGCAGACCUUCAGCCAGAGCCUGCAGGAGCUGCUGGCAGAACAUUAUAAACAUCACUGGUUCCCAGAAAAACCCUGCAAGGGAUCAGGUUACCGUUGUAUUCGCAUCAACCAUAAAAUGGAUCCUCUGAUUGGACAGGCCGCACAGCGGAUUGGACUGAGCAGUCAGGAGCUGUUCCGGCUUCUUCCAAGUGAACUCACACUCUGGGUGGACCCUUAUGAAGUGUCUUACCGUAUUGGAGAGGAUGGCUCGAUCUGUGUGUUGUACGAAGCCUCGCCAGCAGGAGGUAGCACUCAGAAUAGCAACAACGUGCAGAUGGUAGACAGCAGAAUCAGCUGUAAGGAGGAACUUCUCUUGGGCAGAACAAGCCCUUCCAAAAACUACAAUAUGAUGACUGUAUCAGGUUAAGAUAUAGUCUAUGGAUGGAUCAUCUUAUAAUGGAUGGACAAAUUUGAUUUUUGCUUUGGGUGGGCUCUUCUUGGGGAUGGAUUAUGGAAUUUAAACCAUGUCACAGCUGUGAAGAUCUGGCACAAGAUAGAGUGGUAAAUUUUUUUAAGUGACAGUGCCAUAGUUUGGACAGUACCUUUCAGUGAUUUAAUAGCCUGUGAGUCCAAGUUAAUGAUCACUUUCUUUGCUAGGGAGUGAGGUCCUAAGGUGGUUUUGGUUUCUCCCAGACAUUUUACUUAAUUUCUGCGUCAGUCCCUUCAACCCAAAUCUGUAUUUAUAAAGAACCUUUCUCUGCAGUAGAUCUUGCAGAGUAAAUUUGCACUAUUACAUUUAUAAAUUGUUCUAGUUAACCCUUUUGGCAGCUCAGUAGCAAAGCUGAAUGUUUUAAACAUGGUAGUACUGGAAAUUGUAUGACAGACUUUUACCUAGCACUUACUUCACAGUAUGUAUAAAUGUACAUAAGACAAUAAACUAGAGUAAGCAUGACCUGGGAAAAUGGUCAGACCUUGUAUUGUGUUUUUGGCCUUGGAAGUAGCAAGUGACCAGAAUCUGCCAUGGCAACAGGCUUUAAAAAGACCUUAUAAAGACACUGUCUGAACUGUGGUGUGUUAGCACCAGCCAGCUCUCUGUACAUUUGCUAGCUUGUAGUUUUCUAAGACUGAGUAAACUUCUUAUUUUUAGAAAGUGGAGGUCUGGUUUGUAAUUUUCCUUGUACUUAAUUGGGUAAAAGUCUUUUCCACAAACCACCAUCUAUUUUGUGAACUUUGUUAGUCAUCUUUUAUUUGGUAAAUUAUGAACUGGUGUAAAUUUGUACAGUUCAUGUAUAUUGAUUGUGGCAAAGUUGUACAGAUUUCUAUAUUUUGGAUGAGAAAUUUUUCUUCUCUCUAUAAUAAAUUGUUUCCUAUCUUGGCAUUUUAA